AAUUUCGUUCUACGCGAAAAUAUGGUCGCUCCUGAAUCAUAUAAAACUCCUCGAGAUAAGGAUGGUUCAGAUAUUUCCGUAUCAAUGUCUGAUGCUCUGAAAAGCAUUUUUGGUGAAAUUGUACAAAAGUCUUCAACGGUGAAAAAUGUUGCUCAACGAGAAGAUAUUCAACCUGGUUCUGUUAAACAGCGGCAAAACAUUUCCACCGGCAACAAAUCCAAAAGAGCACUUUCUGGAGUCGGGAGCCGAAAUGUUUAUGAAUUACGGCUAAAAAUAGCGCCUAAUGUAAACAUAAUGGCGCCGAACUUUCAUCGUGACCUUCUGCUGGCACUAAAAAAUUUUGCUUUAUUUUCUGAUUCAAAUAAACACAGGCAGUUGAUUAGUGGAAGUUCGCCACUCAUCAAGAUCACAAAAAUGCAAAAGGACGGCGAAUAUUUGCGAGUGCAGUACUCGGUGGAGGACUCAAGUGGCGCAAAUUGGCAAACAAGUGACUGUAGCGUCAAUAAGGUUAAUGGAAAACCUGGCUGUUCUAGUCCUCGAAAGAGUACUGUGGACAGCAUCGAAUGGAUAUUUUUUUUAAUUGGCAUCGUAGCUGCUGUGUUAAUUCUUGUCGGCGCUUUUCUUGUACGAAACAAAAAGUGUGGCAAAACAAUGGUAAGUUCUCAUUUUUUGUCUCUGAUGAAGUGUAGUUUACAGCAGUCCGGGUUUCGCCGUCUCUGGACAGCUGCCUUUCAAUUAGGAAUUGAUCGCGAAAAGUUACUCUUAAACCAGCUGGUUGCUGUUCGCGGUGAAGCGCUGAUUAUCAUGGAUAUCUGA